AUGGCAAACCGCUGCAAAGAAAAUGAGAGGGCCAAAGCUAUUUUCCGACGGCUGUCGGCAGUCACUCCUCUGGUGUCGGUGGAGCGCGGACACAGAGACGCGGGCGGGAUGUCAUCGCGGCUCUCCUUCUCUCAGUACCGCUUAGAGGCGGAGGUCGAGCGCUGCCGCGCGGAGUGUCAGUGGGAUACAAUACCGUCUUUACUGGAGCAACUCGCUGCCGCGCGCCUGCAUGACGAUGAUGAUUACAGGACGCUGCUGCUGGCAGAAGCUCUGUUGGAGGAAUGUCUGCUGGAGAACAUGACCCUGCUGAAGAAUUCUACGCCUCUGACUGAAGAUUCGCAGCCCAAACUAGCCCGAGCCAAAGCUCACCUCAACAGCAUCCUUAGCAGAGGACGCCUGGAGCCGCACUACCUGAAUGAAGCUCUGCUCCUGCUGGCUAAAGUGCACUAUGUUCAGGGACGCUACAGGGACGCCCAGGGCAUGUGUGCCAGAGCAGGUGUGGACGAUUUCACCCGCCAUGAGCGGCCUGUCUACCAACUACGCAUGCUGGCAGAGGCCUUUGUCAUUAAAGGUUUGUCUUUGGACCAUCAGUCUAUGUCAGGUGCUUCCCGUGUUAGACUGUCCGAGAGAGAGGAAGAAUGCCUGUCCUGUUACCUCAUGGCCUGUGAUGCUGGCCUGUUGUACCUGCAAGAACUUGACAAGACUGUUUGCACGCCAAGUUCCAAAACAGCUAAAAGCAGUUCAUCAGUCCCUCAUUUUGACUUGGACCCAGGCUUCUUCCUGCAGGCAGCUCUUCAGAGCGCAUACCUGUCACUGCUGAGGAAAGGUCACUUGGCUCAGGGGACACAACAGCUGCGGCGGGUCAUGAGGGCUGUGGAGAGUCGGGGGUCUCAGAGUUUUCGUAAGACAGUAGCGUGCAGGCUUGCAGAAGUGUUGCUGGGCUCAGUGUGUGAGGACGCGUACUGGGGUCCACUGUCUCCUCCACCACCCGGCUGGCUGAAGAGAGAAGGAGCCACACACCCCAAAGACACCAUCUACCCCUCAUCCAGACCACCACAGCGCUACAACACUGAGGGAGCUUUCUGUCCACAGGACGUGGUUGAAGAGGCGGUGCUGGUGCUCCUCAUCACAGAAUCAAUGCCUUGGGAGAAUAAGAGACAUCUUUCAAAAACAUUAAUUCACAAAAACCUUGCCAACCCCAAACUUUUGUCUAGGAAGGCUGAUUCCCUGAUUCGAAGUUUCUUUCUGACUGUGAUGUGGUGUGUGAUUGUUUGUCAUCAGUGUUUGGAGCGGGCCAUGAAGUUCUCCUAUAAUGAGUUUCAUCUUUGGUACCAGCUUGGCCUGUCUUUAAUGGCAAGUGGGAAGAAUGAGGGUGCAGUGUCAGUGCUUAAAGAGUGUGUGACAAUGAGACCACAGGACCCCAUCCCACCUCUGCUUGCAGCAAAAGUGUCCAUCAACCAGCUGCACUGGCUGGAGGAUGCAGUGUCCCUCUCAGCAGGUGUGGUUGCUUUAGGAGAGUCUGCUGGGGAGUCUCUUCCUCGAGCUCAUCUGGCCAUCGGACUGUGCCGUAGUCUGCAGGCCUCUGACGCUCCGCUGAAAGCUGAUCGCGAUGAGUUCAACAGAAGAGCGCUGCAGUCACUACGGAAAGCACAUGCACUGGACCCUGAGGACCCUCAGAUCUCCUUCUACCUCUCUUUGCAGCUCGCUCUGGUCCGACAGGUGUCAGAAGCGAUGGAGCCGUUGCAGUUGGCUCUGAAUAUUCGUGGGGAUGAUCUGCACUCUCUACACCUGCUGACUCUACUGCUCAGUGCCCAGAAACACUACCAACACGCCCUUGAUACACUUAAACUCGCCAUUAUCCAGCACCCGGACAACUUUAACCUUCUGUUUACCAAAGUGAAGCUGGAGGAGGUUUUGUUCGGACCCGCUGCAGCUUUACAGACCUGUACAGAAAUGCUGCAGUGGUGGCAGAGUCGCUAUGAUUUUACCCGUCUCAGUGAGGAGGAUGACACUAGCAGCAUACCUCCUGAUCCAGGCCCGCUGAGCAGGAAACCCAGCGGCCUCCAUCUCACGCUCCCAGACUUCCAGGAGACAGAGACCGGGUCUCAGAGUGCCCCGUCUCUAGCUGUGUCCCGUCUGGAGCAGGCCAUGUCAGAGGUGUCGGCGCUCAGCUCCGCCCACAGGCACGGCCCCGCCUACAUUUGGACCACCCUGGAACGCAUCUGGCUGCAAGCAGGAGAGUUGUUCAUGGCUGACGGGCGGAUGAAGGAAGCUCAGUUCUGUGUGCAGGAGGCAGGAACUCUCUUCCCCGCCUCACACUCAGUGCUGCUGCUCAAGGGCCGCCGUGCGGGUCUUGGGGAGAAGAUGCUGAGGGAUGCGAUACAGGUGGAGAACACGGCACACGAGGCCUGGAGUGGCCUAGGGGAGGCGCUGCAGAGCAGAGGCAGUGCACAGGCUCCGGACUGCUUCCUCACCGCACUGGAGCUAGAGUCCAGCUGCCCUAUACGGCCCUUCACCAUCAUCCCCCGAGAACUCUGA